GUUGAGAUGCUGUCGGGUAUUGGUUGUGCUUCUAUUUGCAAACAGCACUUUUCGCGCGGGUGUGUCUGCGCUGCACGACUAGCUACUUCAGCAGCUCUUACAUGCGCACAGGAACGAAGAAACUAUUCCAGAAGUGUAUGAGUAGUGUGUGUGUUUGUGCGUGUGCUCUGCUUGGCAGACUAUCCACGAUUAGGGCGGAGUUCUCAGAUGGGAAAGUGAAGGGUCACUGGACUAGCCAUUUUCACGUUACUAACUGGAGGAAAUUGUCAAAUGUAGACGCAAUCUAGGUAGGUUUAUUUCCCUAGCAGCACGUAGCUUCGUCUCCGUUGGUAGUGGCACCGUUACUGGAUAUAAACAACGCCGUGCACGAGCUUGGAACAUCGGAACUUGAGUUCAAAACUCGAAGAAGAAAAGGCACUCGUAACAGUACAGCACUCGACAGUAUAGGGCUGUGGCAGGGCAGCCUCUGUGGCCCCCAUGGCCUACACCCUCGGCUCCGGGCCCGACCCUGGGCCCACCGUCGGCACCCAGUACUGCGUCACCAAGGUGGAGCUCUCCGUCAGCGGCGCCAACCUGCUGGACCGCGAUGUCACUUCCAAGUCCGACCCCUUCUGCGUGCUCUUCCUGGAGGUGGACAGCAACUGGGUGGAGAUUGGAAGGACAGAGACCGCAGUGAACAACCUGAAUCCAGUGUUUGGGGAGAAGUUCCAGGUUGACUACCACUUUGAGGAGGUCCAGAAGCUGAAGUUCGCCAUGUUCGACGAGGACAAGUGCAGCUCUCAGCUGUACGAGCACGACUUCCUGGGAGAGUUCACCUGCACAUUGGGGGUGAUUGUGUCCGGUAAGAAGCUGCAUCGGCCGCUCAUACUGGCCAAUGGCAAGCCAGCGGGGAAAGGAACCAUCACGAUAACGGCACAGGAGCUGUCAGACAACCGAAUAAUAACAAUGAACAUGUGUGGGAGAAAACUAGACAAAAAGGAUUUCUUUGGAAAAUCAGACCCUUAUUUAGAGUUUCACAAGCAGGGAGAGGACGGGAAAUGGAUGCUGGUUCACAGAACAGAGGUGAUUAAGAACACUCUGGAUCCUGUGUGGAAACCCUUCACCAUCCCCCUCAUCUCUCUCUGCAAUGGAGAUGUCGACAGGAACAUCAAGGUGCUGUGCUAUGACUACGACAAUGACGGAGGCCACGACUUCAUCGGGGAGUUCCAGACCAAUGUGACAAAAAUGAGUGAAGCCCAGAGCUCCCUGGAGGUGGAAUUUGAAUGCAUCAAUCCCAAGAAGCAGAGGAAGAAGAAGAGCUACAAAAACUCUGGGAUUAUUAUUCUGAAGUCAUGCAAGAUUGCGAGAGACUACUCCUUCCUGGACUACAUUCUGGGCGGAUGUCAGCUCAUGUUUACAGUGGGCAUCGACUUCACAGCCUCCAAUGGGAACCCGAGAGAGCCUUCCUCCCUGCACUACAUCAACCCCAUGGGCACCAACGAGUACCUGUCUGCCAUCUGGGCAGUGGGCCAGAUCAUCCAGGACUACGACAGUGAUAAGAUGUUUCCUGCCCUGGGGUUUGGUGCACAGCUCCCUCCUGACUGGAAGGUGUCGCACGAAUUCGCCAUCAACUUCAACCCCACCAACCCCUUCUGCUCAGGUGUGGAGGGGAUUGUCGAGGCCUACUCCUCCUGUCUGCCGCACAUCCGCUUCUACGGCCCCACCAACUUCUCCCCCAUCAUCAACCACGUGGCCCGGUUCGCCUCACAGGCCGUCCAACAGCCAACUGCUGCUCAGUACUUCACCCUCCUCAUCAUCACGGACGGCGUGAUCAGCGACAUGGACGAGACGCGCCACGCGGUGGUGCAGGCGUCCAAGCUGCCCAUGUCCAUCAUCAUCAUCGGCGUGGGCAACGCCGACUUUGCUGCCAUGGAGUUCCUGGAUGGGGACAACCGCGUGCUGCGGUCCUACACGGGCGAGGAGGCCGCCAGGGACAUCGUGCAGUUCGUCCCCUUCCGGGACUUCCGCAACGCGCCGAAGGAAACUUUAGCCAAAUCUGUGCUUGCGGAGUUGCCCCAGCAGGUCACACAGUAUUUCAAGCAGAAGAACCUGUCGCCUAGCAACAAAGCGCCAGAGUGAAGGCUUGAGGCCUAGGACUGAUUUGCAUGUUGCCAAAAUCUCCUCGCUGUUUACAAAAAAUAAAAAAUAAAAAGACACGCAAAACAAACAAAGCAAACUGCAUGAAAAAUUUAAAUACAUUUUUAAUACCUUGUCCGAUUUUUAAAAACGACCCUACCCCCCCUGCCAAAACCUAACCUCCCCCCACCCCGGCCGUGUCCAGAUGAAAGACUUUUUAGAAGAAAAACUGAAAAAUCUGAUGAAAACAAGGAACACUACUCAAGCUCCAGGGCAAAAAAAAAAAAAACAAGAUAAAUUAUUGAAUGUACCUUUGUACUAAUGUUACCUGUUUUAUUACCGUUGUUGUUUUUAUUUUAUAAGAAAAUAAUGUUCAUAAUGUUUUAUGUAUCUCUUAUGUAGUGCAUUGUAAAAUCUGUGAUAAAGAAAUUAGUACCCUUG